CAUAUUUUGCUGCCUUUUCAAUUUGUCCGGAUCUUUUGCUCCUUGUUGCCCAUCUUCCCCGCCAUGACGCAUGUGGGGUAGUACCAAGCUACCCCAACUCCUCCCAUUUAUACUCGGCCUUGCCUCCGCUCCUAUCACCACCCUCGAUUUUCUCUCCUUCAUAUAACUUGACAUUUACGGCCGCUGUUAAUUUUGUCAGAUACCUCUUCUACUGUAAUCAUGUCACUGCUGCAAUCUCUCAAGGACGCAGGUCUUGCCCCGGGAUCGGCCUCGUCCAUCAUCUCCGACAACUUCGAGCCCGUCGUCGACGUCACAAUCGAUUUCGAGAAUGCCAGAGCCCACCACGGAGAUCUCUUGCGAGUCUCACAAGUUCAAAAGCCACCUGUGCUCUCCUUUACGGCUGAUACUGCCAACCCAGAUGCAAGCUACUCCUUCAUGCUCAUUGACCCCGAUGCCCCUACACCCGCGGACCCCAAGUUUGCUUUCUGGAGACACUGGGUCGUGUCGUCACUUAAGCCUGGCCAAAACGUCUCUGGCAAGACCUUGACUGAGUUUCUUGCGCCUGGACCCAGGCCUGAUUCUGACCCCCACCGGUACCUGUUCCUCGUCUUCCGCGAACCGGCCGGUUUCUCGCUCAACAAAGAAGAUGUUGGUGGCGAGGAAUUUGUCGAUAGACGAUCGUUUGGCGCUGCCGAUUUUGUUCAGAAGCAUGGGCUCGUCCUUGCUGGUCUCAAUUGGAUGCGAUGUGCUGCGGAUGAGUGGCAGGCGUAGAGGAUGUGUGUAAAUUAACCCCAAAAUGGUACCCGAUAGACUACACAGAUUACGACGAAAUACGAAUUUCAUUACAAUUG